AUGGCCCUCACCAGAGUACACACCCCCAUCAAGGCCCAACAACCCACUUCCAAAAAACAGGUUUCCAUUGAGUAUGUCAAAACAUGGAAGUGUGCUGUCCUACAACAUCUGAGCAUUUCUUAUGGAAGGGCUUUCCUGGCUUACAGCAAAGGUGUGCGUCUGGACCGGGUGCGAGGCGGCAGACAGAAGUACAAGAGGAGAAUAGAUGCCGAGAACAGCCCUUAUCUGCACCCACAGAACGCCCUGCCCCAGAAAAAAACAUUCUCUGUUGGCGGCGUGGUGGAGAACAAAGUGGUGUCUCUGCUGCUGGUGGCCGAGCCCGAGGGCAUCUUCGCCAUGCCAGACCCCACAGUGCCCGAGAGUGACAUCAAGGCGCUGACCACACUGUGCGACCUGGCUGACAGGGAGCUGGUGGUCAACAUCGGCUGGGCCAAACACAUCCCAGGCUUUCCCUCCCUCUCACUCGCAGACCAGAUGAGUCUACUGCAGAGCGGCUGGAUGGAGAUCUUGAUCCUGCGAGUGGUGUUCCGCUCGCUGGCCUUGGAGGAUAAGCUGGUGUAUGCUGAGGACUACAUAAUGGACGAGGAGCAGUCGAAGCUGGCGGGCCUGCUCGACCUUAACAACGCCAUCCUGCAGCUGGCGAAGAAGUACAAAACCAUGGGGCUGGAGAAGGAGGAAUUUGUGAUUCUCAAGGCCAUCGCACUCGCCAACUCAGACUCCAUGCAGAUCGAGGACUCAGAGGCCGUUCAAAGACUGCAGGACGUCCUUCACGGGGCCCUCCAAGAUUAUGAGGCCACCCACCACCCAGAGGACCCCCGACGUGCCGGCAAACUGAUCAUGACCCUGCCCCUUCUCCGUCAGACGGCCGCCCGUGCAGUCCAGCACUUCUGCAGCAUCAAACAGGAUGGUCGCGUGCCUAUGCACAAACUUUUCCUCGAACUGCUGGAGGCCAAAGCCUGACCUGAGCACAGACAGUGAUCAGAAAAGUGAAGGAUAACGGGUAAUGGUGGGGUGUGACGCCAUGUAUUUGUCCAUUUCAGCUUGCAUUUGAAAGUAAGGUUUUGAAUUUGCAGAAAGCAGCUGGAAUAUAUUUUUAGAGCUGCACCCCUCCUAUGCCCAAUGAGUGUUUGGAAAAGCAGUCAUAUUUGCAKAUAGUGUAUGGACGCCAUCGGACGUUUGUCAUCUGUGCUGUUUCGUGACCCUAAUCUAAGCUGCAUCGAACGCAGAUGGCAGAUGACCAGACACAUAAAAGCAGGAGAAAUCGCCUUCUAGAGAUAUUUACAGUUACAUGCCAAAAGUAGAGCUUCUUUUGUCAAAAGACCACCUGAUACUUGAAGAUCCUUGUGGAUUAUUUCAUCCAUCUUGAAGCCUGUUAAUAUGCAUUCUAGUGCAUUUAGAGCCUUUUUUGUAUAGGAAAAGGGAAACAUGUCCUAAGGGGUUCAGUAAGGCUACAUCCACAUUACUACGGUUUCAUUUAAAAAAAGCAUAAACUAUGCUACAGUGACGCCUGGCAUCCACACUCAUGUAGAGUUUUAAAAUGGAGAAGUUUGGAAAUACUGCUGACCCCAAUUUAGCUUGAAAAUUCCCGUACUGCGUUUUAGUAUAAGACAAGCAGGAACAGAGUUUCGGAAACAUUCAUGUCUUUUGCUGUAGCCUUCGCUGAUUGGUCAGGCUCCUAUCACAUGACCUCCUCCCAGAAGAAAACAUUUUGCAUUAGCCUCGGCUACCAGUAUAGAUUACAAGAUAGAAAAUCAACCAUAAGCUUACUGUGUUGUCUUUACUAAUAGCUGUCGUGCAGCAGAAGACAAACUAUUAUUCAAGCAAUCUGCAGCAAUUCCUGUGUCCAGCGGGACCUGAGCGGGAUGCACUUGCCUUCUUGUGAAUACCAGCACGUGCACAUAAGUGGUCAUGGGAUGUGUGUUUUAAAGGGGAGCUAUCAUAAUACUCUUGUGGACAGAGGUGGUUUGAAAACGUAGUAGUGUGGAUGUAGCCCAAGUCUUGCCAAAGAGUGAAGACUUGUACGAUUGAAUAAUACCAGCAAACGUCCACAACAUUAUGUGGUCUGUAAGACAUUCACAUAACCUGCAUCCCUGCUCUAUUGUGCACUGCAAAAAUAUCUAUCCAGUCUCUGCAUUCAUAUAUUUAGACGAUCAAACGGGAGCGACUGAGCUAUCAGCGUCUCAUAUAACACAAUAAUCGGCCUCCUGUUCAGGGAAUGAGUACGUAACAUGUCAUAAUACAAUGGUACAACAGUAAUGUGAUAUUUAUUUGAAAGUGGCUCUGUUCUUUUGCUGUUUUUUUAUUUACUAACGUGGCAUUAAUAUAACAAAGAGUAGAUUAAAGCAAUUACAGUGGAUGAUAAUUUUUUAAAGAUUUUUAAAUGAUAUCGUUGUAAGAUAAUUUUUUUACUAGCUUCUCUGCUGCAGCACUGAUAUCUACGUGUACCAUAUCAUUAAGAAUCGAGACUACAUGAUUAUAAGUGGAGUCUGUACUUGAACUUGAAGAUCCAUAAUGUCGUAGGGAUGUGUAGACCCAUAGAUAUAACUUUAACUAUGUAAUAAAAUGGCUGCCAUACUGUAUAAUCUGGAUUUUGGGAGGCGCUCUGUGUCCAUUCUAUGGUAGAAAUCGAUGUGUAGUAUGAAAUUUGUGCACUAUUUUUGCUUUUAGCCACAACGUUUUGGGGUAAACUGGUGAUGGCGCUUUGCUAACCUAGUGUGUUUUGUGUGAAGAGUAGUUCUAUAUGAAAAUGUGUCCUUUGCUGCACAUAUUAAAUGAAGGGAUUAAACUCGGAAGGAAGGAAUCUCAGUACAAUUCAACAAAUAGCUGUGCUCCUUAUUUUACUCCUCAAUGCAUAUUUUUUGAUGAGCGCAGCGAUAUGGCAGUUUUAAAUGUAUGUUCUGUACAUUUUGCUGUAUAUAAGUCAUGUCCUAUGCCAACAGAGAUGUUUAAAGAUGCAAAUAAGCUUUGUUUUGGAUGAGUUGUGCCGUGCUAUUUCAUUCUCAGGUGGAUUCUUGGGCAAUAAAGAUGUUCUCCAUAAUGAAAAGCUCA